AUGGCACCAGAAAUGGUGAGGAGAUCAUCUUCCCUUGAAAAAUUCCGCAGACUUCAAUCUGCUAUAAGGCUUCUGGCUUUCGUGGUGUUUCUGGGUUCCAUCUUCAUUUGGAUAAUGAAACCCACCAACACUUUCUAUUUAAAAUGGAGCGCCGCCAUCGAAUCACAGACUCGUUCCACCUAUUUUGGCUCACUAGGUGAAAAUCUUUUAAUUUUUUGUUUUCCUGUAUUAUUCAUAGCCGUUUUGGGCUGUGUGCAUGUCCACAUAUCCAAAAAAACCAACAGCAUCAACCCGGAAAGUAAUAGCAUAAAAUACAAGAACCCUAUAUGGAAGCGUCCAGUGCUGGUGAAGGGCCCUCUAGGAAUUGUGUCAGCCAUAGAACUAAUCUUCUUUCUUAUGUUCGUCGCUCUGCUCGUCUGGUCUCUUUCUUCUUAUCUGAAAUCUGGUUUCUCCCAAAUCAACAAGCAAUCAGCAGCAAAAGCCGGCGAGAAAGUAUGGCAGGAGAAAUUGAAAACUGCGGCACUGAUGAUUGGACUUGUCGGGAACAUAUGCCUGGCUUUCCUAUUUUUUCCGGUGGCGCGUGGCUCCUCCGUGCUGCCACUGCUUGACCUCACCUCUGAGAGUUGCAUCAAAUAUCACAUAUGGAUUGGCCACAUCGUUAUGACUCUCUUCACUCUUCAUGGUGCCUUUUAUGUCAUUUACUGGGCAUCCACCCAUCAAAUCUCUGAGAUGCUGAAAUGGGAUGAAAUUGGGGUGUCCAAUUUGGCAGGAGAGAUAUCUCUGCUGGGUGGCUUGUUGCUGUGGGUUGUGACUGUGCCUCGUAUUAGAAGAAAAGCUUUCGAGGUGUUCUUCUACACUCACUAUCUCUACAUCGUCUUCUUCGUAUUCUUCGUCUUCCACGUGGGCAUCGAUAAUACUAUUAUUGUUCUACCUAGUUUCUACCUCUUCUUGCUCGAUCGUUUCCUCAGGCUUCUCCAAUCACGACGUCAUGUUCGCUUGCUUUCUGCUCGUCUCUUGCCUUGUGACUAUCUAGAACUCAACUUCUCCAAGAGCCAUGGGUUGUCUUAUAAUCCCACAAGUGUUAUAUUCAUAAAUGUGCCAAGCAUAUCUCACCUGCAGUGGCAUCCAUUUACGGUUACUUCGAAUGGUAAGUUGGAGCCAGAGAAGCUCAGCGUUGUGAUCAAAAGCGAAGGAAGCUGGUCACAGAAGCUAUAUCAAAGGCUGUCGUCUUCUUCAAUAGAUCGUCUCGACGUUUCCGUCGAAGGCCCUUAUGGACCUGCGUCAACCAAUUAUCUGAGAUAUGACACCCUUGUGAUGGUGAGUGGAGGCAGUGGGAUCACCCCUUUCAUUUCUAUCAUCCGCGAGAUUAUAUAUCAGAGCACAACAUUCAGAUGCAAAACCCCGAAAGUUAAACUCAUUUGUUCCUUCAAGAACUCUUCAUCUCUCUCAAUGCUAGACCUCAUCCUUCCCUUAUCUGGUACUUCCUCUGAAAUUUCCAACAUUCAGCUGAAAAUAGAGGCUUUUGUCACGAGAGAGAAAGAGCCCAAACCACAUAACCCUAAUCACUUCCUCCGAACCAUAUGGUUCAAGCCACACCCAACUGAUGCGCCCAUAUCUGCUGCAUUGGGUCCGAACCAUUGGCUCUGGCUCGGUGCUGUGAUCUCGUCCUCUUUCAUUCUGUACCUUAUCAUCAUUGGGUUCAUAAACCGUUAUUACAUCUAUCCUAUUGAUCAUAAUACGGACAAAAAAUUCUCACACUCUUUGAAGUCAUUCUUGAACAUGUUGGUGAUAUGUUUGGCUAUAGGCGUGACUGCUAGUGCAGCAUUUCUUUGGAACAAGAAGCAGAAUGCGAAAGAAGCAAAGAAGAUCCAGAAUAUAGAAGGUUCGACACCAACUGUGUCACCAGCUUCGAUGACUUUCAAUGCAGAUAGAGAAUUGGAAAGCCUUCCUUAUCAGACCUUCGUUCAAGCUACUAAUAUACACUAUGGUGAAAGACCUGACCUAAAAAGAAUGAUUCUUGAACUGAAAGAUGAGUCAAGCGUGGGGAUUCUUGUAGCAGGUCCAAGGAAGAUGAGGCAAGAGGUUGCAGCCAUUUGCUCUUCUGGUUUAGCAAAGAACAUGCAUUUUGAGUCCAUUAGCUUUAGCUGGUAA